CGCAUGCGGAUCCUUUUCAGGCAACACACUAGAGGACUGUGAUCAUGAUGUCAUCCCUGACGAAAUGUCAAGUUUAGAAAAAUGUGUUACAUGUGGAGGACCUUUUUCGCCUCUGAAAUGGAGUGGUGUGAGAUGUAAAGUUUGCAAUCAGUCCUGGCACAAAAAGUGUUAUGUUAAACACAAGGUGGACAUCACUGAACUUCUGCAAGUGGUCUGUGCAGAACAAAGUUCAAGUGAGGCGGCAUCAUCAGAAGAGGAGUAUGUUCCUGAUUCCAUAGAUGGAUCAAACAGCUCGUGGGAUGACAGAUCAGAGCCUUUAGAUUUCAGUCACAAACAAGUACAGAAUUGUGAGGUCUCCACCAGCAAGUCUGCUUCCAAAAAGAAAAGACACCACCAAGGAAGUUUUGUAGAGGAAGACAGAGAGUCAAUUUCUGAAGCUGCAGAAUCAUUACCUGAAGAUAUGAUCAGCACAACUCAGCUUGAAGUUCUAAGAGUUACUGCCAAAGUAGGAAACGCUGAUGCCGAAGGCAUUGUUGAUGAUGGUGCUGAUGCUAGAGCAGAAAACACAUCAUCCUUGCUCAAAAAUAGAACUUACUGCUACAUUUGUGGAAAGAUGCAGACAAAGUUUACACGUCACUUAAAAACUCAUGAGAAUACACAUGCAGAUGUUGCUCAUGUUUUAAGUCUUCCCAAGAGGUCCAAAAAACGUAUGCAAAUGCUUAUAAAGCUUCGCAACAAGGGAAACCACAGUCAUAACUCGGAGGUCUUGGUGAGCGGAGUUGGAUCACUAAAACUAAGACGCACAUCAAAGAAAAAGUACAAUGCAAAAGACUACAUUCACUGCAUGUACUGCCAGGCAUUAUUUCUCCGGCGAGAUCUGUGGCGACAUGUUCGAAAAUGUUCUUCAAAACCAGUAGAAGCUACUUCAGAGAUUGGAAGAAAAAAUGUUUUGUCUUUGGCCUCUAUGAAUGAGUCAGCUCUGUGUCAGCAGAUAUCACCAGGUGUUUGGAACAUAUUAGCUGUUAUGAAAGACGAUGAGAUAACUUCUACUGUGCGAAGUGACUUCUCCAUUCUUCAGCUGGCCCAAUCAUUCUUCAACAAAUAUGGACAGGAUCCCACCAAACAUCAGUACAUUCGCCAGCAACUCAGAGACUCUGGAAGACUUCUGCUUACGCUUCGCAAGGAAUUCUCAAUACUUACUCUUGAGGAUGCUGUGAGACCUGCAAAUUUUGAUGUGCUCAUCAAAGCGGUCAAGAAAGUAUGUGGGCAUGAUGAAGAAAAGAACCGCUUCGAUACUCCAAGCCUUGCUCUAAAGUUAGGUCACGCACUACGGAAAGUCUGUGAUAUUUUACAUUGCAGAGCACUCAUGGCAGAAGACAGUACGCUGAUAAAGUCAACCCAGAGUUUUAAAACUCUCUAUGCUACAAAGUGGUCUGAACACAUCUCUCACAUCGCUUUAAUAACGCUGAACGAGCGGAAGUUUAACAAGCCUUCCACUCUUCCUUUCACAGAAGAUGUUCAACGUCUUCACAGACAUCUGGAGAAGACUACAGAACAAGCAUUGAAAGACUUGGAAGACCAUAGUUCAUCAAAAUCAUAUAGUCAACUGUGUAAAGCCACCAUGGCAAAUGUAAUACUUUUUAACAGGAGAAGAGGGGGAGAAAUUUCAAAGAUGCCGAUGAAUGGCUUUCUGGAGAGAGACACAAGUGCCCUGCAUAAGGACGUUGCAAUUGGACUGACAGAAUUUGAACUUCACCUUUGUCAACACUUUAGUCGUGUUGAAUUAAGGGGUAAAAGAGGCCGGAAGGUUGCAGUGUUACUUUCACCAGACAUGGUGAAUGCCAUAACACGCCUAAUAGAAAAAAGAAAAGACUGUGGUGUUCUGGCAGAAAACCAGUUCCUUUUUGCCAUACCUCAUUGUCUGACUCCCUACAGAGGACAGGACUGUUUGAGGCUUUAUGCCAGUGAAUGUGGGGCCGAAAAACCUGAGCUCCUCAGGUCAACACAAUUACGCAAACAUGUUGCAACUUUGUCUCAGAUCUUGAACCUCAAGAAUCACGAGUUGGACCAAGUUGCUAACUUCCUUGGCCACGAUAUUCGCGUUCAUCGUGAAUAUUACAGACUUCCUGAGGCUACUACCCAGCUGGCCAAAAUAUCCAAACUGCUGCUUGCCAUGGAGAAAGGGUCUCUCGGAAACCUUCAAGGCAAAACACUGGACGAGAUUGAAAUUGAAGACAACCUAGAGUUGAGUGAGGUCGAUGCUGAGAGUGAGGUCGAUGCUGAGAGUGAGGUCGAUGCUGAGAGUGAGGUCGGUGCUGAGAGUGAGGUCGGUGCUGAGAGUGAGGUCGGUGCUGAGAUUGAGGUCGGUGCUGAGAUUGAGGUCGGUGCUGAGAUUGAGGUCGAUGAAGGAAAUCUCACAUAUCCACAGACUGAUUGUGCAGGACUGUUGAUGGCCGGGCAACCUAUCGAGGAACCUCCAGGUAUGUCUGCGCCAUUAUCACAAGGUUAG